AUGGCUUUGACAAAUUGGAUCAAUGGGAAGAAGACUGCUCCGUCCCCAGACUCAAAUGCCUAUGCUGAAUGGGAAGAAGAUAAUUGCUUGGUGCGGUCAUGGCCUCUCAAUUCUAUGACUAAACCAGUUCAUGCCUUGUUUAAACAUGGUGCUAUUGCUUUUGAUAUAUGGAAGGCUGCUCAAAAGACCUAUACUAUGACUCAGAAUAGACUUGAUCUGCAGUAUGAUGGUGUUCAUAAUCGAAUCUUUGCUCUUAGUCUUGUCUCACCUCCUUUAGAAGCCUAUGUCAUGGUCAUGGAGGGAGACACUCGUCAGUCUACUAUGCUCGGAAAAGGUGCGAUGACCCUAAAAGUGGACCCUUCCCAUAAUCGAUCAGUCACUAGUCAAGAUGCGACUGGUCACUCGUCGUCUCAAAAGUCCUCAACUUCCUAUGGUUCUCUUCCUUCUGGAUAUACUCCUAGUUCUCUUGAAGGCCCAAUGGUGAUCAUUACUCCUAGAAAUCUCAGGACUCACGAGACGAUUAGGCAUAGUAAACAGAUAAGGGGGUUGUAUUACUUAACGUUACCAGCUGCAACAGUUCGUAAUUGUGUUGCUUAUAAAGUUCAGAGUGGCAAUGUCAAAGACAAAAAACAACUGUGGAUGUGGCAUCAUCGCGUAGGACAUCCGUUGUUUGGUUAUCUUAAGCAUUUGUUUCCUUUGUUAUUUAGUUCGUGUGAUAAGUCUUGCUUCAAAUGUGAGACUUAUGUAAUGGCCAAGAGCUACCGUACUGGUUUUCCCUUAAGUAAUAAUAAAGCUACAUUGCUUUUUGAGUUAGUAUAUUCGGAUGUAUGGGGUCUUGCUCAUAUGACUUCUAAUGGUUUAUGUUGGUUUGUUAUGUUUAUUGAUGACUGCACUCGCUUACCAUGGGUGUAUUUGAUGAAGAAUAAACAUGAUAUUGCUUUUAUUCUUCCUGCAUUUUGUGCCAUGCUGUCUACUCAGUUUCAUGUUCGAGUCAAUUUGUUUCAGACUGAUAAAUGA